UCCAGCGCCUGCCCAGCUCUGCAGGCUCGGCCGCUGGCCGCUGCCCGGCCCUGGGCUCCCGGCGCUGCAAGACGGAGAGUCCCGGGCCUGGCGCCGCGCGCGCAGCCCUGGUCGCGGCGGCGGGCGCCGCAGCGUGACAGGGGGCGGGGCCGGCUAGGGAGUCUCUGGCGGGGCCGGUGACAGCGCUGGGAGCUCAGGGGCCGGCCGCCGCGUGACCCGCGCAGUAGAACGCCGAGCUUAAUCACAGCCAGCUCGUGCUCCGGGCGGGUCGUGGUCCCCGUGCCCCGCCGGUGACGCCGGGGGUUUCUUUCACGGCGGCUCCCUCUGACAUGCCAAAGCCACCCGAGUAUUCAGAGCUGAGUGACUCUCUAACGCUUGCCGUGGGAACAGCACGAUUCUCGGGACCCUUGCACAGAGCAUGGAGAAUGAUGAAUUUUCGCCAGCGGAUGGGAUGGAUUGGAGUGGGCUUGUAUCUGUUAGCAAGCGCAGCAGCGUUUUACUAUGUGUUUGAAAUCAAUGAGACGUACAACAGACUGGCCUUGGAACACAUCCAGCAGCACCCCGAGGAGCCGCUUGAAGGAACCACGUGGACACACUCCUUGAAGGCUCGGUUACUCUCCCUGCCGUUCUGGUUGUGGACGGUGAUUUUCCUGAUACCUUACCUGCAGAUGUUUUUGUUCCUAUAUUCUUGUACCAGAGCUGACCCCAAAACGGUGGGCUACUGCAUUAUCCCGAUAUGCUUGGCAGUUAUUUGCAAUCGCCACCAGGCAUUUGUCAAGGCUUCUAAUCAGAUCAGCAGACUGCAGCUGAUUGACACAUAGACUCGGUCACCAUUUUCCCCUUAUGAUUACAGAACUGCCAGUGCCGGCGGGACCUGAUCACAAGACGGCGGUUUUCCACAGAUCUCAGGAAGUUGUGGUGGGGCAGAGGCCCUUUACACAGUGUGACUAGGGGGCUGUCUUUAUCUGACUAAUGGGUUUUUAGGUGAAGCCUGAGACACAGUCCUAACAAAAUAAUGUUGAUGACUUCAGAUUUUCGAAGUAAAAUCAUGUCUGUUACUUGCAUUCUUUAGAAACUUGAAUAAGUUCCUAAACUCCUUAUUCUACUGUGCAACCUAGUGAUGGUUCAGAGAUUUUUCCUUUGGGGGAAAAAAAUGAACAUGAACAUUUCCAUUGUGUUUAAUGUGUAAAAAGGUCCAAACAUGGUCAUAAAGUUUAAAUUUUAUACAAUUACUUGGCUUGCUUUAAAAUUCUUCAGACUAAAACACCAAUUCAUGCUUUUCUGAGUAAGCCAACUAUUUGUCAGCUUGUGAGAAAUUGGUAUAAAAUUAUUGAGAUGAUUGCUGUCCUGAUACACAGAAUUCAUUCCUCCUUUUGGUUAAUGCUGUGGACAUUCUUAAUGCUACUGAUUUUUUU